GUAGAUCAUUAACCCACUAUCAUGGGGGUGGCAGAUGUUGGGUCCACGCACUGCACUGAACAGCCUGCAGAAGUUUCACCACAUCUGGAUUUACUUUAAUUAUUCUCUGCUUUUCAUCUCCUCUUCUCAAACAAAGUCAGGGUGUCCCUCUGAAAAUGAAGCUGUGUCUGCUGUUGCUGUGUCUCAGUCACCUAGGUCUGACAGAAGAGCCGACCGCAGCAGCUCCUGGAGUCUCUGUUCUCACAGAGGAGGAAGAGGAGAGGAAUGAUGGUAACUGUGGAAGAGCGUUCAGCCACGAGGAACACAGGCUGAUAGGGGGCGCUAUAGAGCAGCUGGGGUUGAAGAUCCUAGAGAACCUACCAACCAGCCCGCAGCAGCCCAACGUCAUCCUUUCCCCUCUCAGCCUGGCUUUCGCCCUCGCUCACCUCACCUUAGGUUCCCGCAAAGAGACAGAGAAGCUUCUCCUUCAAAGCCUCCAUGCCCAAAAGCUCCCAUGCUUCCAUCAUGUCCUGGGGAGCCUCAUGGCUCAUUUAACCCAGAAUUCACUGGAGGUGGCAGCACGCAUGUACCUGAGGCCAGGAUUUGAAGUGAAGUUGUCUUUUGUUGAGGAAUCUCUUGCAAGGUACCGUUCUCGGCCUUUCCCCCUGGUCUCUGUGGACGAGGUCAACCAAUGGGUGGAGAACGUCACCAAUGGGCACAUCCCCAACUUCUUGGAGAGCAUCCCACAUGACGUGGUCUUAAUGCUCAUGAAUGGUGUUUACUUCAAAGGUGAGUGGAAGACCCAGUUUGACCCUCAGGUGACCUCAAAGAAUAAAUUUUACCUCGACAGCCAGAAUUCAGUUUCUGUCGACAUGAUGAAGUCUGCCAAUUAUCCGCUACGCCUGAUGGACGACCCUGAGCUGCAGGCGCAGGUGGGCAGCUUUCCCUUCAAAGGAAACACCAGCUUCCUUGUGGUCCUUCCCAGAGGAAACAUCUCAUCCGUGCUUCCCAAAAUAAAUAUCUCUGACCUCUACAGUCGUCUACCUCAAGAAAAAUCAAUGGGGGUCAACUUACCCAAGGUGAAGCUCCAAUAUCGGCAGGAGCUCGAGGAGGCACUGACCAGGAUGGGCCUUGGCUCCCUGUUUUCGGGUCCGGACCUCUCUGGGAUUUCAGAUCAGCCACUCAGGGUAUCGGGUGUCCUUCAUGCCGCCACUGUGGAGCUGAGUGAAGAAGGUGUUGAAGCAUCCGCCACCACUGUUGUGACCGUUAUGCGCUCCAUUUCCCUCUUCUCUGUAAACUCUCCUUUUCUGUUUGCCCUGGUUGAUGACUUCUCCCUGGCCCCCCUUUUCAUGGGCAUUGUGACAAACCCCGCCCCCAACAACGACCCCAUGCCUAACGACGACCCCAACAGUAACAGUACCAUGAAUGACCAACCUGUAACUGACACAGCCAGGAAAACAAACCUGGCUGUUGAGCACAACAGGUUGCCAGCAGAGGGCAGCACUGUCCAGUCCUGCAGUCCCCCUGGUGGUGGGAAGGAGCACUUACAUCAGGUUACUGAACAAGAUGGCAGCAAUAGCAAGCCUCAGACACAAGCAGAUGACCCGUGCUCCAAGCCAGAAAAUGUUGUUCCUGCCUGAGAACUUCCAAUAAAAGAAAUGAUGCAG